ACCGGGAGAGGGAGCCGGGGGCCGGGAGAGGGAGCCGGGGGCCGGGAGAGGGAGCCGGGCGCCGGGCGCCGGUGGCAGCCGCUGCCGCACCAUGGGGGCCUGUCUCGGUGUCUGCUCCCUGCUCAGCUGCGUGUCCUGUCUCUGUGGCCCUGCACCAUGCCUACUCUGCUGCUGCUGCCCCUCAGCCAAGAACUCCACUAUCUCCCGCCUCCUCUUCACCCUCUUCCUCUUCCUCGGCACCCUUGUGUCCAUCAUAAUGAUAAUCCCUGGUGUAGAGAAGGAGCUGUACAAGCUCCCUGGCUUCUGUGAAGGCAGCGGAUCGGUCUUGGGGCUUCAGACCCACGUCAACUGCAGCAGUUUCCUGGGCCACAAGGCUGUGUACCGCAUGAGCUUCGCCAUGGCUUCCUUCUUCUUCCUCUUCGCCGUGCUCAUGGUGUGCGUGCGCAGCAGCAAGGACCCGCGAGCUGCCGUGCAGAACGGCUUCUGGUUCUUCAAGUUCCUGGUGCUAGUGGGAAUCACGGUGGGGGCCUUCUACAUCCCCGACGGUGCCUUCACUUUAGUCUGGUAUUACUUUGGUAUGGUUGGCUCCUUCCUCUUCACCCUUGUCCAGCUCAUCCUCCUCAUUGACUUCGCCCACUCCUGGAGCCAGCUGUGGCUGCGCAACGCGGACGAGAGCAAUGCCAAGGGCUGGUAUGCAGCUCUUUGCAUUGUCACAUUCAUCUUCUACACCAUCUCCAUUGCGGGCAUAGUCCUGCUCUACAUCUACUACACCAAGCCCGAGGGUUGCACAGAGGGCAAGGUCCUCAUCAGCAUCAACCUCAUCCUCUGCCUUAUUGUCUCUGUCGUGUCCAUCCUGCCCAAGAUCCAGGAUGCUCAGCCGCACUCGGGGCUGCUGCAGGCAUCCUUCAUCACCCUCUACACCAUCUACAUCACCUGGUCUGCCCUGGCCAAUGUCCCAACCCAGGCCUGUAACCCCACACUGCUGGUGAGGAACAGCACCAGCUCGGCAGCGACCACCCAGGUGACAACCUGGUGGGACGCCCCAAGCAUAGUGGGGCUGGUGAUCUUCAUCCUCUGCACCCUCUUCAUCAGCGUCCGCUCCUCGGACCACCCGCAGGUCAACAAGUUGAUGCUGACGGAGGAAAGCACAGCCAGGGCAGGCGGCGAGGCAGCGGCCGUAGAGAGCGGGCUGUACCGCGCCUACGACAACGAGCAGGAUGGUGUGUCCUACAACUACACCUUCUUCCACCUCUGCCUCCUGCUUGCUGCUCUCUACAUCAUGAUGACCCUCACCAACUGGUACAGGCCGGAUGAGAACUUGCAGUUGCUGACGAGCCCCUGGGCGGCCGUGUGGGUGAAGAUCUCCUCCAGUUGGUCUGGGCUCCUGCUCUACUUCUGGACCUUGGUGGCUCCACUGGUGCUGCCAGACCGGGAAUUCAGCUGAGGCAGCGCUGGGCAUCCCUCUGCUGGGUCAGAGCCGCUGUGGCUGUGUCUCUCAAGGUGGGGACAGCCCCAGCUCUGCCUCAGCACUGGGCUACGCGUGCCGGAGCAGCUGCUGGUUGUGCCUUCUUGCAGCUCUGCUGUUUGAACUUGAAAGGGAUGAAGUGCCAAGCAGGGAAAAUCAGCGAGGGCUGAGAAAGACUUGAUGUUGUUGAAGCUCUUAUAAACUCCGUGUUCGUUUAGUGCCUUUGGCCGUGCCUCUGUCCCCUCUAAUUCCAGUGGAGACCACUGCUCUGUCAUGGGUGAGUUUGGGUUUCACGAGCUACUGUGGACUCACUUGGUGCCCCAGGACUGUGGUGCCUUUUGGAGCAGCUCUAGAGACCGUCUGUGCACCAGGAUGCACGAUCUGGACAGUGUUGCCUUCUCAAACAGCCUGAAGGAAAACGUAUCCUUGGGAUCCUUCUGCAUAGCCCCAGCCUCAGCGGUGGCCCCAGCUCCUCGAGGACUAUCCUGCUUUGGUGGCCCCACUUCCUCGAGGGCUCUCCUGCUUUGGUGGCCUCAGCUCCUCUAGGGCUCUCCUGCUUUGGUGGCCUCAGCUCCUCGAGGGCUCUCCUGCUCUGGUGGCCUCAGUUCCUCGAGGGCUCUCCUGCUCUGGUGGCCCCACCUCCUCGAGGGCUCUCCUGCUCUGGUGGCCCAGUUCCUCGAGGGCUUUCUUGCUCCACCAUCCCUACAGGAGGACAUGUCUCUGGUCCUCAGAGGAGCACAGGCUGGGUUUCCCACAGGCUGUGGUGGCCUGGUCCUCAGUGCCUUGCCUCGUUAAUAAA